GCUGCGCAGCGGACCGCGCGGCAUGAGGCGGCAGGAGGCCGCGGUGGUGCCCGCGGGGGCGGCGCGGGAGGCGGGCCGCGACGGGGGACAGCCGGGGCAGCCGGGCGGCGGCCCCCAGCAGUCCUGCGGCCAGGGGAAGAAAUUCUUGUAUUCUGAGCCACAUAAGAGAAUUAAGGAAGUACUAGAAGAAGAACUUUAUAUUAAAAGAGAUGAGUGCCACAUUAAAAAUCCACCUGCAGUGGCCCUGGAAAGGAUUUGGAGCAUUAAAAGGAAUCUCCCUGUGGGCAGCUUGAAGCCAGGACUGCCGAGCAGAAACAGUUUGCUGCCGCAAACCACGUACUAUUCGAGGCAUGGAGGGCUAAGAAGAUAAGAUGAAUACAUUUUUCCAUUGAGAAGAAACCUCAUUCUCCUGAUGUCUGCAAAUCAGAAAACCCAAGCUUGUUUCACAGUUUAAGAUGUGUUAAAAAAAUGUAUAUUCUUAUUAUUGGUAUUAAUUCUUAUGUAUAAAUUAAUCCAGGGCAAUAAAAGACUUGGUAAAGUUUGCUAAGCACCUGGAAACAAUGAAGAAGAAUAUUAUAUGUAUUUUUAGUUAACACAUUUGGAAUACAUUGGGUUUCUAAUUCAGCAUAUUUUAUUAAAUAUGUGAAACA